AUGUCGCACCAAGUACGCACUUCCAACCGCACUGGCACCAUCCAACACCAUCCCUAUUCCUCGCCUGCCACUUUGCUUGACAAGCGCCUGGCCUCAGUGCAAGAAAACCAGCGCAACAUUUUGCUGGCUGUUGCUGAGCCCAAAGAGCUCAUCAUUGCUCAAGGGGAAGCACGGCAGCCUGCACCAAUGCAGCAACAGCAACAACGCGACGGUGCAUUUGAUGCGUCUAUGCAUUUUGCGUACGCCGACUUCUUUUACGAGGCACUCCGUGGUGAGGCUGCGACCCGGCCGCACAUCCAAGACUGGACUCGCUUCGUCAAGAGCAAGCUCGAGUCUCACUUCAAGUACAAGAAGGAGAAGAACCGACAAAGGAAGCUGCAACGUCGCGCCGGCAUGUACGAGGCCCAACGGGAAGACUGCUCCAGCCACUUCUCCAUAGAAUGCGUCCAGGCCUUGUCCUUUGACUAUAUGUCAGAGGACGAGACUGACGCGGAGGAGACGGCUUCGUCGUCUACCCAACAGCAAGAAUGUUGGGUGACGAAGCGUCCAAGCCGGAGAAGCAAGAAAACGCUCGCAUCGUCUAUAGGCAACAUGCCUAUAGGCGAUUUCCAAAGCUUUUGGUGUAAUAAGUAUGACGCUGCAUGCAGAGUGAAGGAGUUGCGCCCGACAUUGGGAAACCCCAACUGGGGCGAAAUUGCCUGCGGAUUAUUAUGUACUCGCGGGCAAUUACCAAAAAACAACGCCACCACAUCCAUUUCAACAUCCACCACCAGCGUCCCGUCAUCGUCAUCCAAAAAGCUAACUGCUGAGGAUAUAAAGAAAAUCGAGCUCGUGUACGAGAGAAUGGAAGAAAGCAAGAUGUGGCGCCUAGCGACAGGCAAGCUAGUCAAAAGAAGUGACGUGAAAGCUCUUUUUGGACAGUAA